AUGCAUAAGAAUAGGGCAGCUUCAAGUGGUGGUGCGGUGAUUGGUAGGCGGGAUGUGGGAAAGAGGGUGAUUGUUGGACGAGUCGGUGCUGGUACGUUAAUGUAUGUUGGCCCAGUUGAAGGCAAAGAAGGCGUUUUUUGUGGCGUAGAACUUGAUCAUCCGGAAGGGAAACAUGAUGGUACAUAUCAAGGUGUGCAAUAUUUUUAG